CUGAGCGCUGGCCGGAAGUGUGUUUUAAACAGUCGGAGGUUUUGUGUUGGUUGUUUGUGCGUUAACAAACUUUUAUUUUUUAAUUUACUACCACCUCUUUGUCCACAAAAAUGGGGAAAAGACAGCAUCAGAAAGAUAAGAUGUACAUCACAUGUGCAGAAUACACUCAGUUUUAUGGAGGGAAGAAAUCAGAAAUCCCACAAGCCAAUUUCAGACGUCUGCCCUUUGAUCACUGCAGUUUGUCUCUUCAGCCCUUUGAGUAUCCCAUGUGCACGGUGGAUGGAGUUGUUUUUGAUCUAAUGAGCAUUGUGCCUUGGAUUAAGAAGUUUGGUACCAACCCAAUAACUGGAGAGAAGCUUGAGGCUAAAGCCCUCAUCAAGCUUAACUUCAGCAAAAACAAUGAAGGGAAGUACCAUUGUCCAGUGCUCUACACUGUGUUCACAAACAACUCCCACAUCGUUGCCAACAAAGUCACAGGGAAUGUUUUCUCUUAUGAGGCAGUGGAACAGCUCAACAUCAAGACAAAGAGUUAUAAAGACCUGUUGACAGAUGAACCGUUCACCCGCCAGGAUCUCAUCACAUUACAGGAUCCUACGAAUCUGGAUAAAUUCAAUGUUUCCAACUUCUUCCAUGUGAAAAACAAUAUGAAAGUCCUCGACCCUGAUGAGGAGAAAGCUAAGCAGGACCCAUCAUACCAUCUGAAAAGCACAAACCUGGAGACACGAGAAACGCUAGCUGAGCUAUACAGGGACUAUAAAGGAGAUCAGCUGUUGGCAUCCACUAUGAAAGAGCCAGAGGCCAAAAAAACAGACAAGCUUAAUGCUGCACACUAUUCCACUGGAAGAGUGUCUGCCUCUUUCACGUCUACAGCUAUGGCUCCAGCCACCACCCAUGAAGCAGAUGCUAUUUCCGACGAUGCCGUUCGCUACCAGUAUGUUAAGAAGAAAGGCUACGUCCGCCUGCACACAAACAAAGGGGACCUGAAUGUGGAGUUGCACUGUGAUAAGAUCCCCAAGGCUGGAGAGAACUUUAUUAAACUGUGCAAGAAAGGAUAUUAUGACGGCACAAUAUUCCAUCGCUCUAUUAGAAAUUUCAUGAUUCAAGGAGGAGACCCUACAGGGACUGGUACAGGAGGAGAGUCUUACUGGGGGAAGCCGUUCAAGGACGAGUUCAGGCCCAAUCUGUCUCACACGGGUCGUGGUAUUCUGAGCAUGGCUAACUCAGGACCCAACACAAAUAAAUCCCAGUUCUUUAUAACAUUUCGCUCAUGCACAUACCUGGAUCGGAAACACACUGUGUUUGGAAGAGUGGUUGGUGGUUUGGAGACCCUCACAGCGAUGGAGAAUGUUGAAAGUGAUCCGAAGACAGACAAACCCAAGUCUGAGAUAAAGCUGCUGAGCGCUUCAGUAUUUGUGGACCCGUAUGAGGAAGCCGAUGCACAGAUUGCAGCCGAGCGAGAGAAGGAAGCACAGAAACAGGAGGAAGAGAGAGCACAAACUUCUGCUUCAGCCAGCAAGGCAAAAACAGAGGACAAGCCUAAAUCCUUCAGAGCAGGAGUGGGCAAAUACGUCAACAUGGCUGCCACGAAACAUUCCCACCCAGAUGGUGACAAACCCUCCACUAGUGAAGCUCCUGCCAAGAAACCCAAAGGCAGAACGGGUUUUGGCGACUUCAGUUCCUGGUAGAAGCACGGCACCAUCUCUCCACACAUUGACUGACUGUGGGUAAAUUGAGUUGUUGGACUGAUCUUACUUGGCACAGACCUCUUGCAUUUUUCCCCUUUAUGGUUCCUAUUUUGAAAGUUUUUGUAUUUUUAUGUAAUAGUGUGGCAGGGAUUUAGUUUGCAUGUAGUUAAGUCUUUCUUUAUAUUGAGUCCUGUAAAUAAUCAUUGUUUUUUGCAUAUUAAAUAAUUUCAUCUAUGCGUUAAUAAAUGCAUUUUGCUGAAAGUUUG